CAUCCGAAGCCUGCCUUUUCUUCCUCUUCCUACAGACACCAUCUUGACAACACCUGAGAACUCUCGGGGCAGUUUGUUUCUGAAGCUACUUACCUGCAUUUGGCCUCACCAUGAAGUUCCUGCUGGGACUGUCCAUCGGCUUUCUGCUUGUGACCACAGGUGCUUCUUUGAAGUGUGAAGUUUGUAUGGGCAGUGGCAACAGCUGUUCUGGCCCCAUGGAGACCUGUGACAAUGACACCUGCGCCAUCUCUGUAUCUGAAACCACUGUAGGUGGAAUGCAAGCUCAGAUAAUAGCUAAAAGCUGUGAAUCCUCCAACAUCUGCAAAGACAGAACACAACUCCUCAACUUUGGGCAAGGGCAAGAACUAAGGACAGGAAUCGCUUGCUGUGUAGGGGAUGCCUGCAAAACUGUAACUCCUCAAGUGCCUCCACGCAUCAACCAACCCAAUGGGAAGCAGUGCCCAGCCUGCUAUUCUUUGCUUUCCGGUGUUUGCAAUCCCAAUGAGACGGUGGACUGCGUUGGACCACAGAAUGACUGUCUUGAAAUGGCUGUGACAGUUUCUUAUGGAACUGUCAUCAUCAACGUUGUUCAGAAGGGCUGUGCCACUAAAGGGUUUUGUGAUGGUUUAAAACUAGGUGAAACCACCGUAUCAGGCUUUUACUCUCGCGUCACAAAAGCUGAAUGUGUGCCAGCCUCACGGCCAGAAUGAUGACUUCAUCAGCUGCCUUCUUAGGAUUUGGGGGCUUCUGCCACUGAAGAACCUAUUCUGAUCCACCUGUGUGCUGCUGCUUGAGGGUGGAUCCUGCUUAAACACCUAUGUAUCACUUAUCUGCAACUUCAUCCAAAAAUGAUUUCUACCUCCCAGGGGUAGAAUGAUCCCCUCUUUGAGUGAAACAAAUAAAUCAUAACUU